AUGCUCGAAAAUCAAAACCCACACGAAAAUACAAAUAAUAAUUCAUCAUCUACAUUAAAGAUGAUAGGAUCAGGAUCAGUUCAAUCAAUUGAGAAGAGUGUAUUCAUUGAUAUGGAUACAUUGUAUGGUAAGGAACAGCCAUUUGUCUUGUUGGAAAAAUUGGAUGGAAGUCUCUGUUCACCAAUUAUUGAGAGAGUUGUUUCAGAAAGUGAUGCUUCUAGUUUGAAUAGCUCAUUGAAAAAGAAUAAUUUUGCUUCAGUUUCUGCAGAGAAAAUUGAAAAGAGAGCAUAUGAUACUUUCAGAUUGAGAAUGAGAACUAAAUUGUCGCAUACCAAUGCUAUUGUAAUGGGUAUGGAAGAGUUGAUUUAUGAUUUGGGAGACGAAGGAACAAGGAGAAAUGCCAAAGGAGAGGAUAUCAAGUUAAUAUUGAAUGAUCAUUUGAAGAAUGUUCCAACUUUCGAAUACAAGACAAGUGAAAUGACAAAAGAAGAGGAGGAAUAUUUGGUUUUCAAAAUUGAUGAACAAGCUUUGGAAAUUGAUGCCAAUUUCACUCAACUCUCUGAAAAAGUGCAAAACUUUAUCAGAUUUUGCAUUCAUUGGAUAAAUAAGGGUUUCACACCACUCUUUGAAUUCUUCAGUAAGGAACACAAGAUUGUCAUUGAUUAUGGAGACAAACCAUUCCUAUCAUUGUUGGCUCUUAGACAUACAGUGGAUGGUUACUUCCUCCCAUAUUCACAAGUCAAGAAGAGUGCUCAACAAUAUGGCAUUGACUGUGUCAAGGAAUGCUCAAAUGAACAAGUCAUAGAAGCAGCCAAGACAGGAGAUAUGGAUGAAAUUUUGAAAGCCAUUCGAAAUGAAAGAGGCGUCGAAGGAUAUGUCCUUGUGUUAAAUAAUGGUUGGAUGUUCAAAGUCAAAUCCAUGUGGUACAAUAACAUUCACAAAACCAAUGGAUUUAUCAGUAAGGGAGAAUUGAAAGAAUCUAGAAUAUGGCAAUAUUGUUUCGAUUCAAAAAUUGAUGAUGUUAUAGGAUUUGUUAGAAGAGACGAGGAUAGAAUUCGUCUACAAGAAUUCAAUGACACUGUCAUCAAUGCUCUGAAUAAUUAUGUCUCAAAAGUUCAACAAUUCAAAGAGAUAAUUCAACUUGAAUUACAGAAAGAAUUCCCAAAUACACCAAUCGAAGAAAUUCCAAUGAAAGAUUACUCAAGAGUUGCCAAACAAGUAAUUAAGGAUGAACCAAAUUAUGUUUUCACAGCACUCGUUGUAAAUAAGAAGGAUCAAACCAGUUUAUCAUCACUCAUUAAGGAAUAUUGUAGUAGAAAUGUUGUCAAUCAAUUGGGAUCUAUCAAAAACAUGCUAGGUUGUCAAGACAUUGAAUUUAUUUCCAGAAGUGAAAUUAAUAGAAGAGCAAAAUUGCAGAGACAGAAAGAAGGAGCUACACAAGAAGAAGAAGUCAACCAAGAAGAGGACGAAGAUUCUGAAGAUGCUGCUGAAGAUUUAUAA